CCAUUUACGAAUCUCUCUGUUCAUGUUGCCCACUUUCACAUAUUUUGUAUAUCAAUUCAAUACUUUCUCUCUAUUGACACUGGUAUAUCAAUGGAUGGCCAUGCAAUAACUAUGAACCAGUAUAGAUGAGCUACGAACUUCAAUCUAAGAGAAAGUUAUUUUGUCACGCAUUAUGUUGAAGCAUUGGUUAUUCACAGCUCCUGUCUUGCCUCCUGUUAUUCAGGUUAACAAAGCCAGGCGACCGUUCGUUCCAAAGAAUCCACGAAUGCCUACUUUCACAGAAGACUUUACUUCAGAACGGCGUUCUCGAGAACAUAUACCUGGUAAUUACUACGUUCUAAUCAUAUACAACCACACUCCAAUGCAAUCGCACGUCAUGCCCCGCCACAACACCGAAAAAAGCCCCUCGGCUAGCACAUCCACACCGCGCUCUGCAGCUCUAUCCCAGUCCCCGUCUCCGCCAUCAUCUCCCACCUCCUCUCCGGCCCAUGCUCCCCAAGCCUUCCACACCACUCUCGAUGACGAUGGAGCAGACCUCGAAUACCUCGACGCAUCUAUGAAAUCCAUAGUGUAUGACGACGACGGCCGAGCUUGGGCGUGGCGCGAUUGUUUCUGUGAACACAUCGACUGCAGUGGUAGAGCGCUUAGGGAGGUCAUAAAAUUUGUCGACGAUGAGGGGUUUGCAUUAAGCGGCUUUGAUUUGAGCAGUGGGCAGAAGGGUGGUCAGAUCGAUGACUCAAUUGAGCAGUUAACCGGAGAAUCCGUGGCUAAGUUAGAUACUAUCUAAUGGGAGUAUUUCUCGGGAGUGCUGUCUAGGGAGUCCAAUGGAAAGCAUCACGUAGAGCGCUGAUGGAAUGCUUAGGCUGCUAAGAUGAGGUUGAUCUAUCCGUACAAUUGAAAGGUUCCCGCUGUUCAGAG